AUGGCCAGCAGAAGCAACAGCACUAGCAAUGCAGUCGGAAAACGAUCCAUCGCCAGCCUCGCCCCUCUCAGCGCGAUGGGCUCCAACAACCCCUCCGCCCAUCUCCGGGAUUCUUCAAGGAACACCAAUCGGUACUCGGUCACCCAGCUUUAUUCUAUGGCAGCGGAGAACGACACGGAGAUCGAAGAUGAAUUAGCCAGAGCCCAGAAACGUCUACGCGAUCUCAAAACAAAGAUUUCGUCUCAAUCCAAGAAGAACUUCGUCCUUGAACGGGAUGUCCGCUACCUCGACUCUCGCAUCGCACUGCUCAUUCAAAACCGGAUGGCAUUGGGUGAACGGGAAGAAGUACGGGAGCAUCUAGAGGAAGCCGAUGAAUCAGAAGGACUCUACUUGGACGAGAAGAGGACACAGCAAUACGCCAACCUAUUCUUUUUGCUCCAAAGUGAACCGCGCCAUAUUGCUGCUCUUUGUCGUUUGGUCUCGAUGGGCGAAAUCGACACCUUGCUCCAGACGGUCAUGUUCACGCUCUACGGAAACCAGUACGAAAAUCGAGAAGAGCAUCUACUCCUGACAAUGUUUCAGGUCAGAUUGAUCUCCCACUCUUAUCGACCAUCCCAACCACUGACUCCCCCAUGA